GGUAGCAACAUAUCACGUCCCCUAACCAAAGCUACUUCUCUUAUCUUGCUAAAACUCACCCUCUAUCUCUCACCAUAGUUGGUUAUCUUGAAAAUGGGUUCAUUGCCAAAUUUAGAAGCACCUCCUCCUUCAAGUUCAAGAAUUUCAACCGUUGUUCCAGCAACACCACGAUGUGAAGAAAAAGGUGAACACAACCUAAACUACAUGGACUUGUUGAUGAAGCUUCACUAUGUCCGGUCCAUUUAUUUCUUCGAUUCUGAAGCUGUUCAAGGCCUUACAAUAUCCGAUUUAAAAACACCGAUGUUUCCACUGCUGGAUUUGUACUCGCAUGUUGCCGGUCGAGUUAGAAUAGCCAAAUCCGGCAGACCGUUUAUCAAAUGCAAUGAUGCCGGUGUGCGAAUCGCGGAGUCGCAGUGUGAUAAAACGCUGAGGGAAUGGUUGGAUGAAAAUGAGUAUUCAGUUGAUGAACUUGUUCAUGAUCAUGUGCUUGGUCCUGAUCUUGCUUUUUCUCCUUUGGUUUUUGUCAAGUUCACGAGUUUCAAAUGUGGGGGACUCUCUGUUGGACUAAGUUGGGCUCACAUCCUUGGAGAUGCAUUUUCAGCUUUUAAUUUCAUCACCAAAUGGAGUCACAUACUAGCUGGUCAAUCCCAACCAAAAUCUCUUCACAUUCCAAAUCUUGUCAAACCUCAAUUCCUAUCCAAUUUUGUUUUUGAUAAUCCUAUUUCCAUCAAAAAUGAAAAUGUUGUUGGGGAAUAUUGGCUUGCUGCAAAUGAUUGUUAUGUCCCUAGUCACACAUUUCACAUCACUUCUAGCCAACUUCACCAUUUGGUAAAAACAACCAAAUCUAUUACCAAUACCGAUACUAAGUAUUUUGAAAUUAUUUCAGCUACGAUAUGGAAAUGUAUAGCACAAAUAAGAGGUGACAUUGGACCAAAGGUUGUGACAAUAUGUAGUAAAAAUAAAAAUACCUCUAAAUGUGCUGAAAAUGAAUUCCCAACAAAUGACAUAUUGUUGAGCAAAAUCGAAACAAAUUUGCGCCCGGAGGAAUAUAAUAUAUUAGAUUUAAUGAAUCUGAUUGGUGAGAAAAAAAUUAAUGAGAAUUAUGCAUUGGAAAAAUUGGUGGAGAAAGGUGAUGGAAAAGAUGAUUUUUUUGUAUAUGGAGCAAAGUUAACAUUUGUAGACUUGGAAGAAGCUGAUUUAUAUGGUGUAAAGCUUAAUGGAAAGAAACCUAUUAGGGCGAAUUGUGAUUUACGUGGUGUCGGUGAUCAAGGAGUUGUUUUGGUUUUUCCAGGUCCAGAAGAUGAUGAUGGUAACAAUGGAAGAAUGAUAAAAGUUUCAUUGCCAGGGAAAGAACUUGACCAGUUGAAAUAUAAGCUUGAAAGAGAAUGGGGUAUACAACAUUAUGCAAGUCUAACAUUUUAAUUUUAUGAAGUGUUAGUUGGUGGAAUUGUGUUGUGUGAAUUGUUUUUCAUCCUUUUGUUUGUUUCUUUGUUGUUGUUUGAAAUAUGCCUAUGUUGCUACUAUAUAAGGGUUUAGUAAAGCUAUUUGCUCAUUAUAUUGUAAGGAAGUAUGAGAUGAAGACAUUUAUGGAAUUAUUGUAUGGUCAUUGGUAUGUAAUUUGAGUGUUUUUUUAUAAGCUACUAUAUUUGAGUGUUUUAACAUACUA